UGCGCGCACGAUUCACUCGCGGGCCGCUUAGUCGAGUGCGGCACUCACGCGUAGAGUCCUCUCCGAAGAGAGCAUGGCAUCGACCGAUGCUGCCUCGCUGCUUCCCGAGAACCUCUCGCUGGGCGGCGGGCACCCCGCGCCGCCGUCGGUGUCUUCGUACAUGGGGGGCGACAGCCGGGGUUCGUCCCCCUGCGGUCCGGACCUGCCGCCGCCCCUGCCGCCGGCGUUCAAUGCUGCAGCGCUAUGCGACCAGUUCUGCUCGGUGAUCAACGGCUUCCGCGGUGGCCUCGACCCGCUGUCGUCGGCCGCAGCGGCCGCGGCGCGACUCAAGAGUCCGUCCCGGUCGGUGGCCGCGGACGCGACCGACUGCCGCCUCAUCGAGUACCGCGGCGAGAAGGUCGCCGCGUUCGCGUACCGCGGCGAGUACCUGCUGUGCCUGCCGCAGGCGUUCGAGCUGUUCCUCAAGCACCUGGUUGGAGGCCUGCACACCGUUUACACCAAGCUCAAGCGGCUGGGCAUCAGCCCCAUCGUGUGCAACGUGGAGCAGGUGCGCGUGCUGCGCGGACUGGGCGCCAUCCAGCCCGGCGUGAACCGGUGCAAGCUGUUGUCGUGCAAGGACUUCGACUCGCUGUACAAGGACUGCACAACUGCCAGGUCAGCACGCUACCUUACGCUCGGACAACAGACGGGAGAAGGACGAAGAACAUCACUACCUGGUCGACCACCGAAGCGCGCCUCCCUGGUGGGUCUCGGUGGUCGCUCGGGCUACCCUCCGCUGCUCAAGCCGGGAGCCGAGAUGGACUACGACGCUGCCAUCAAAUCCGAGAACAUUCGUUGCGCGGAGGAAGCUGAACUGAACAUCCCAGCCGUGUUAUUCAAGAUGUGGAGCCAAGGUGCCCGUCCGACGAUGACCUCGGACAAGCUGUCCGCGAGCAGCGCGGCGGCCGCGUACCAGGCUGCCCUUGGUGUGUCCCCAUUGGAGCAGCAGGCCCUGGGCAUGCUGGGCCUGGGAGCCCACGGCGCUGCCCACCCGUCGGCCACUGCCGCUGCCGCAGCAGCCGCUGCCUACCAGAGGCACCUGCUGGCUGGGGGACUGGCGCUGCCGUUGGCAGCCGCAGGCAUGGCACAACUGGGACGUCCUGUCAGCGGACACGACAAGCUCAGGCAACAACAGCAGCAGCAGCAGCAGCAACAGCAGCAACAACAGCAGCAACAGCAACAGCAGCAGCAACAACAAGCCGCGGCACACGGGCUGGACCUGUGCAGCCCCAGAAACAGCGACGAAUAUGGAGAGAAGGAGAAAAUGCGUGGGACGGACCCUAACCGAAGAUCAAUGAGUCCCGGAUGGCCUGCGGGAGAGCACGAGCUCGCUUCAGCGCUCAACCUGUCUCAAAAUGGAGGCGGCGUAGGCAUGCCAUCGCGUGACAGAGACUACGUCGACGGUCACCAGAGGGCGAGGGACGACGAGGAAAUGCAGGCGGAGUCCGACUACGCCGACGACCGAGAUCAAGGUGACCUGAGUGGCGAGGACUCGGAAGCGAGCCUGUCGAGUUCCGGCGGCGGCGGCGUGAAGCGCAGCUCGUCGCAGGACGGCGAGGCGCAACUCUUCAUGGAGCGGGCGGGCCUUCUCGCCGCAAGGGGCAUGGGCUCCGUGGAGACCCUCCUGCAGAACAUCCUCGGCUUGCUCAAGGUGGCCGAGGAGAACGCCAGGCAACAGGAGCAGCAGGUUCACAUGGAGAGAGCCGAACUAAAAGUGGAAAUCCUUCGUGAGCGUGAACUCAGAGAAGGCCUUGAGAAAAAGCUUCAGGAGGAACAGACCAAAAGAGUGUUCUACCAGAAACGGCUUCGACGCGAGAAGCGCUGCCGGCGACAGGUGCAAGACCAGCUUGAAGGCGAAGUCAAGAAGAGAGCACGGUGCGAGGAAGCGCUCCGCUCUACGCUCGUGGAGUCGCAGCAAACGCCCAAAGAAACAUUACAGGAAGAAAUCAAGAGCGAGGACACCAUCGCCAUGGAGUCAGACAACAGUGUUAAGAGUCGGUAGGUCUAGCGACAGCGUCGUGCAUCCGCAACCCAAGAGCACGCUAUGGACACCAAACUAGCCGGAGGCCGUGGCUCAUCGAGUGCGAGGAAUAGCGUCGACAAACGUAUACCACGCGUCCUUCGAAGCGACGCCAAGUCUCCGGUCUCGUCGACAUAUCGACUGGACAAUAUAGUUGCGUGCAGCCAUAUCAUGACUGGUUAUUGUGCGGACACCAGCCAUUGUGCGCCUGUGCUUGUGUGGUUCUUUUUUUCUUGUUUUUAUUUUUUUUUCUUGUGCGACGGUGGUACGGACAGUGCGAGCUGCGUACCUCUCGCCUCGCUGCAGCAAUUGCAAUUGCCACCAGAGCGGACACUCCCUGCACAGACGUUGCCCACUGAGAACAUCCAGUUUCACACCGCAUAUAACAACGAGUUCGCUGGACCAAACUCUAUCAUCACCGCAUGAUGACUGACUGACUGUGUCGCUGCUUGGACACCGCAGCGAAGAGCUAUCUCUGGCACCUGCAAAGAACCUUUCGUGUGUUUGUGCGUGUCAUCUUGUGGAAAGCUUCGCGUCGCUUCGGUGAAAGAGACCGGAGAGCUCAGCUAGUUAGGGUAGAUAGCGUCGUUCACAAUUAGUGAGCGUAGGUCACCUACAAUAACGCUCGUUCAAGGCAUGGAUAACACGCGAUGAGCUAAGUUGCAUACUUUGUCGCGUUCCGUCACUUCGCGUUAGAAGGUUUCAAUAACGCGGACAAAUUCUCGUCGCUUGACACGAGCGUGUACUCGGAAGCCAAAGUCACCUACGAGAAGUCCCACCGAUUCCUGGACAAUUGUCACUUAAUACCUAACAUACGAAUGGUAUGAGACACGCGCAACGUGAGCGCGGCACGGUGACAUGCAGUAUUCGACCGCAGAGUAGCCUGUUGCAGAUCACGUGUUCGUGUGUUGUGUGUGUGUGUGCGUGUGUGUGUGUGCUGUAGUGACGCUUGAUUGUGUCUGCACGGUGUCGCUCUGGUCUUGAAACUUAACGAGGGCUUAACAAAGACAAAGAGGUAAAGUAGUUAUAUAUCGCACAGAUGUUUCGAUGAGGAGGCGUUUCCCUAUUCGCCGCGACGACACAUUUGCCGUAAAGAGGCGUGUGCAUUCUUUUUGCCGGUGACCCAAGCAGAGUAUUUAGCUUGGACAAUAAUUUGUAUAUUUAUUCUCUCCGUAAUCCCUCGCUGGAUUCUAAGAGCGAGUACUCUGAGUCACGUAUAGAACUUCGAGAUGUUCAACGUUGCGCUGGCAUCGCUGGAGUGUGUAGUAGGGCCAACUGGUUUUCAUGUGUAUGUCUGUUUUGUUUGUGUUCUGUGCACGAUAAACUAUGAGAAUCUGAAA